UCGACCUCAGCCUCAGCCUCGGCAUCAGCAUCGACGUCGACAUCGCCCCUCGUCGAUGGCAGCACCGCUGCGUCCACGAGCGCCUCGCCGAGCCUCACAGACUCGGCCAGCUCCGCCAUUACCUCCCUCUUCGACACUCUAGCAACCGUCUUCGAGCCCUUUUCCCGCUUCGCCUCUCCCUACAUUCACGAUCUGCCCCACUACUUCCACCUCGAACACCACCCACACGGCUAUGCAAUCUCACUCGUCAUACUCGCUUUUCUCGUAAGGGGGACCAUCUCCUUGCCCGUUCAUCUAUGGAUGAGGGCAAGGGUGAGGCGAUUGACCGAGCUGGCCGUUCCCGAGUGGGAGAGGAUACAGAAGGAUGAGGACUUACAUAAGAGUAUCAUCAGGCGCUGCAGACAGAAGGGACUGAGUCACCAGCAAUACCAGAAUGAAGUGGAGCGAGAGCUCCUGGCCAUCCGCGAAUCCCUCUUCAAGAAGUACCACUGCACUCUCGGUCCAACAAAGUGGGUCCCACCUCUCCUGAACAUCCCCCUCUUCCUCGCCCUCUCCUUUGCCAUCCGUCAAUCCCUCCUCACUCCCGACUCGCCCUUACUUCGAGAAAUCCUACCAUGGUGGAGCGCACCCGAGCACCUCUCACAGAGCUUCGAGACCUCCGCAGCCAUGCUCAGGGAUAGAGGUCUAGAUCCCGAGGCACUCCAGAAGCUCAGUAGACCCAUGGGUCCCACAUUGGGGGAUAAAGAUGGGAGCAAUGUCGCGCCUCUCGCAGUGGGGUUGCUCACGUUUCUCAAUUUGGAACUGGCGACAAAGGGAAGGGAGACGGUGCAGCGGAUCAUCCGACUUGGGAAAGUUCAGCAGGACCAGAUAGACGAGCAAUCUGCCUCGGUAGCACAUCGGGCGAAUUAUGGUGAGAAGAGGACGAGAACUCCUAUUCCGCUGGAAAAGAUCAAGUCGGAUGAGGAGAUUGAGAGAGAGGAGCGGAAGAAGGGAGGAGUACAGAGGUGGGCGGCAAUUGGGAGAGGACUGUCCAUUGCUUCGGUCACACUUGCAACGCAGGCACCAGGAGCAAUCCUCAUCUACUGGCUCUCCAGCAUCUCCUACACCCUCACCCAGACCAUCGCCUUCAACCUCCUCGACGCCCGCACAGCGCGGAGGAAAGUAGCC